ACAUAACGGCGCGCAUUAGUCACUCAAACACGUUCAUGACAUAUAGUCAGUGCUUAGGUGUCAGACGCUAUUUACAUUGAAUGUUGUGCGAGAUACACUCGUUUGGUGCCAUGGCGAGCAAUAACAAAUACUCAUCUAAUUCACAACAAUUUUCUACUGGAUUUAUAAAUUUUAUGAAGGGUAACUAUAAUGAGUCACCGGAGCUGCCGUUGUCACCGGAGAAAGUUACCCCACACCGAAACUCUAAAAUAAUGAAUGAAUAUAUGGACCUAAAAGAAAACCAGAAUCAGUUCUGGGUCAAGAAUAUUGACAAAAAAUACAAAUUAUCGUCAAUAAUCGGACAAGGAAGUUACGGUAUAGUGAGAAAAGCACAAAAUAUACUUAAUCAAGAUAUAGUUGCUAUCAAAGAAAUUCUUUAUCUCAAUAGAACAGAAGGAUUUCCGAUCACUGCUUUAAGAGAAGUUCGAAUAUUACAAAAAUUAAGACAUGAAAAUAUCGUCAGAUUGAUUGAAGUUUGUUAUAAUGAAGCGAAAAAAGAAAAUAAUUAUCGAUCAACAUUUUAUUUGAUACUUGAAUUCUGUGAAUAUGAUCUAGCUAGGUUACUAAAUUAUAAAUAUGUACAAUUUGACUUAUCCGAGAUUAAAGAACUUAUCCGUCAAUUGCUCAAUGGUCUGUACUACAUGCACACAAAUAAGAUUUUACAUCGUGACUUGAAAACAUCAAACAUAUUGGUUACAAAAGAAGGCAUUCUGAAAAUAGCAGACUUUGGUCUAUCCCGUUCAUUUAGUAUACCCACAAUAGAUAAGCCCAAUAAAUAUACUAAUCGUGUAGUAACACUCUGGUAUCGCGCUCCUGAGUUACUGCUUGGUGAACGUAAUUACGGGCCGGCUAUAGAUAUGUGGGGAGCUGGCUGCAUUAUGGCUGAAUUUUGGACUCGUUAUCCAAUAAUGCGAGGUUCUUCGGAGGCGCAUCAAUUAAAAUGUAUAUCAUUUAUACGUGGGAAAAUAACCCCAGAAGUUUGGCCAAAGGUUGUGAACUACGAUUUAUAUAAAAAUAUGGAACUACCAGAAAAUUAUGAAUUUGCAGAAACGGUAAAAUUUUUAACUAUUGAAACUUUGUGUCUUAGACUUAAACCAUUUAACAAUUAUUUACAGGAAUGGAAGCACAUUAUGCAUCGUAUUUCCAACGUGCAUGGAUGCGAUCUUCUUGAAAAAUUACUUUAUCUAGACCCGGAAAAGAGAUGUGAUGCCAACACAGCUUUAGACCAUGACUUUUUCUGGACAGAUCCCAUGCCUACUAAUUUAUCAAAGACCAUGUCAAAAAUUCUAACAUUUAAUUUUGAGUGCAGUAUCAUUCAACAUGUUUACAAAAAUCGACCCAUCGUAAAAUAG